GCAGCCAGCCCUGGGGGCCGCCCAGCCCGCUCCCCGCACACCUGCGCCCCUCCUCCGGCCGCGCCCCACCUCUCCUGGCGCAGGGAGUGUCCGGGGACCGCGCCCACCGGGUCGGGACGCUCCAGCGAAGCCGCCCGCGCGACGGCAGCCGGGGGUCGCGGGCGGAGAGCGCCUCGGGCGGCUGCAGCGGCCGGGGAGCGGGGCCAUGCUGGGCCGGCGGCGCGCCUUCGCCGUGGAGCCGCUCGGCGGCGGCCGGGAUGGGGCUGGCGAGAAGCUGGCAGGAGGGUGUGUAGUGCCUGGAGUCACCAGCUCCUACAGACGGAUCCCGGACGCCGGUGGAGAGGGCUCGUUGGACUCCUGGGAGGGGGAUGGCGAGCUGAAAGGUCUCCGGAGGCAGGUGCCGCAGCUCAAACUGGCCUUCCUGGACUCCGGAGUGGAGAUGGCCGUAGGGGACUGCUCCUUGGCCACCUCUCCACGCCUUUCUCAGGACUCCCUGGACUUGGAGCCUGUGGGGAGCCCUGAGCCCCUGGCCCUGCCCAUGGAGCCUUCUGCCCACCUGGGCCGGCUCCUGGCCAGCCAGAAGCUAGAGCGGGCGCUGGAGCGGUCCAGCCAGCUCCCGACCUCACCUGCCGGCUUGUCACAACACCGCCGCUCCCUGAAGACUACGAGGAGGCCGGAGUAUGAAGUGCCCCCUUUUGGAGCAAGGGACCAGGGGGCCACCAAGGCAGAAACUGACCCGGAGGCAGGCCUGGAAGAAGCAGAGGUGGCGAGGGGCCUGGGGCCUGAAGCCGGGGCCUGCCUUCCCGGACAGGGUCUUCGCUACCUGGAACACCUGUGCCUGGUGCUGGAGCAGAUGGUGAGGCUGCAGCAGUUCCACCUGCAGCUGCAAACCCAGAGGCCCCCUGGGGGCCCUGUAGAGGAGGAGGAGGAGUUGACUGUGGCCCCUUCACCUCCACCCUCUCGUGCCCCAGGCAGUGAGGUGGGGGGGUCAUGGGAGCUGCUCACCCAGACUCAGGAGACAGGCGAAGAAGGAGCUUCACUCCCAAAGGUAGGGGUGCCCAGUGCCAACCCUUUCAGGCUGUCCAAAGUCCCGGCAGAACCAGCUCACACCUUGCAGUCCUCCCAGAGUCACAGGCGGGAUCUCUCCCACUGGAACAAGAUCAAGGUCCUUCUCAAUCGGAUUCGCUGGAAGAGCCCUCAACACCCUGAGCCUCCUGCCCCUCCUAGUGGCCCUGCUUCCAGAGUUGAGUCAAGGGACCUUCCAUGUCGUCCCCUCAGGAAGACCUUUAUGCCAUCGUUAGUGGUGAAGAAGCAACGAGCAAAAAACCUUUCUGUCUCCUGAGACCUCCUGGUGCAGGGACGUGACGCUGGCCGGAGGGGUGUGCAGUGAAGUCUUCUUUGCCUUUUGCCCCGUUGCUGUUUCUGGGCACUGCCAGGAAAAGCUGCUGAUGCUCGAGUGUUUCUCCUCUGAGCAGCUCGGCAGAGGAGCCCUGGUUCCCUGGGAGACCCCAAGGUGUGGCAGCUCCUGGGCACCUUUCUGGCUGCCAGAAAUCCCUGAACUAAUUCAUCAGGCAUCCAUGGAGCACUUUUGGCAUGGUGACCUGUUGGGGUCCAGUGUGUUGCAGAUAUGUAUGUAUGCAACAUGAUAUACAUGUAUCUCUGUUGUGAACUGAUUGGAUCCAACCAUCUCUCCUGAAUCACAGACUCAAAAGGCUGGUCUCCUGUGAGGUAAUUGCGGAAGGAUGGAACUGGCCUUCAUUCCUCAGCGGACAGUUACUGCUUCUGGAGUCCUGCCUUGCUCCGCAUACCUGAAUUGGAACCCCCAGGACCGGGAAGGGUGUCUUUGCUUUAAGUCUUGCCCCUAGAGCAGAGCUCCCGAAGACUGCACCAGGAAUGAGAGGGUUAGGGAAAACAGGGAAUAGCAGAGUACCCUUUGUUAGCUGUUUUGCUUCCUACUAGCCCUUACACAUCAGAGCUGAAACCAGAGGCCCACACUAGCUUUUACAUCUUCACAAAAUCCCUUAACUUGUCUGAGCCAUAGCUUCCCACUUAAUCUCCCAAAUGGUAUAAUGAUGCUUGACCUACCUACCUCACGGGCUUGUUUUGAGAAUAAAAUAAGAUUAAACUGU